AUGGCAGGGUUGCAGUUCUCAACCGCCACACGGGAGAAUGCAGAGGAGAUUGAGAAGUUCAUGUUCACAGAGUUCAGGGUCAAUGAGCCGAUCACUGUAUCAUUAAAGGCUACGGAAGAAGAACUGUCGGAAUUCUUCCGCGAUCUAUCACAAUCAGGAUACUCCAAUGAAAAGUAUUCCACAUUGGUUCAUCAGGACGGCAGGUUAGUCGCCAUAUGCCUUUGUUCUGUGAACAGCUACGACGAUAACAACUUAGAAGACAGUCCAGAUAUCGACCCUGAAUGUCAUGACUAUGCCAAAGGUGGGUAG